AUGUCAUUUAAAAAAUUUAAUAAUAACCCAAGUAAUAAUGAUAUUUCCAGUUAUGGAAAUGUAGACGAAAAUUUAAAGAAAAUAGUAGAGACAAUAUCUCCUAGAGCGGAAGCAUUCGUUAAAGAAUAUUUUUAUAAUAUGUUUGAUAAUAAUAGAGGAGAACUUGUCCAGCUUUAUAAAGACGAUAGUGUAUCGAUAUGGAAUGGUACAGAGUGUAAAGGAAAAGAGCACAUUGGUAAACUAUUAGCAGAAAUUCCAAAAUCAAAACACAUAGUAGAAACAUUUGAUUGUCAACCUAUGCCAGGAGAAGAUAAAGAAAACCCAAAUCUAUUAAUUAAUGCAAGUGGAAAAGUAACCUACGGAGAAAGCUCAACUCACGAAUUUCAUCAAACAUUUUACUUGGCUAAAGACCCAACAAAUCCAAAUAUAUUUUUCAUCUCAUUCGAUUGUAUUAGAUUAAAUUCUUAA